AUGACCACUCAGACACAGUUGCUGGAGGAUAUGCUGCCCUCAACUGCCGAGGCACCAACUUACGUGGACUCUCCACUCAGGAGCGUCGCCAACAGCAGCACCCCAGCACCAGCAGUGGCAUCUCGUUUACAGAAAAUAGCAGUGACAUUCCAACUGUCCGGCGUCAACUUUGCAGCCAGCGCUACAAACGGCCUCAUCGUCGUGGGUCUCCCCCAAAUCAUCGCCGACCUCGCCCUCCCCCCAUCCCUCGCCUUCUGGCCCUCCUCCGUGCAGGGCCUCGCGACAGCCUCAACGCUGCUGCUCGCGGGUGCCCUCGCGGACGUGCUUGGCGCAAGAUCCGUCGAUCUGCUCGGGUGCAUCCUCAGCGGCGCGCUCAUGCUGGCCUGCGGAUUCGUCCGCACGGGCGAGCAGCUAGUUGCGCUAAGGGCCCUACAGGGCGUUGCGCUCGCGCUGCAUCUCUCGAGCUCUAUGGCGCUCGUGACGAGGACGCUGGCGCAGGGACGGGGCAGGAACCUUGCGUUUGCAUGUCUGGGGUUGAGCCAGCCGCUUGGCUUUUCGUUUGGGCUCGUCCUUGGCGGAGUGCUGGUCGAGACUAUUGGCUGGAGAUCGGGUUGGUUUCUCUACGGUGGCAUCAAUCUUGUCUUGUCCGGGGUGGGCUUCUGGUCUCUGCCAAAGUCCGAACCACUUGGAACGUUACACGAUGUGCUGCAGAGCGUUGCGACCAAGAUUGAUUGGCUCGGCACUCUUCUCGCUUCAGCUUUCAUGGCACUGCUGUCAUACUUCCUAGCCAUCAUCAGCACAGAUGUGUACCGCAUCAAAGAGGCAAGCAGUAUUGUUCUUCUAAGUACGAGUCUCGUUGCACUGCCGCUCUUUGUCAGCUGGAUGCAUCUUCAGGUGAAAAGGGGUCUCCCGGCCUUGAUACCGAAUGCGUUCUGGCGGAACCACUCUUUCACCACGAUCUGCGUGACCAUAGCCUUAUCCAACGCUGUCAUAAACUCUCUAGAGCUAUUUGCGAGUCUCUUCUUCCAAGAGGUGCAGCACCUAUCAGCUCUCAGUGCAGCUAUUCGCAUUCUUCCUAGCGUCGUGGUGGGUGCAGCCCUCAACUUCACAACAGGUCUAGUUGUCCACAAGAUCCCUGCUAUAUGGCUCGUUGUUAUCACAUCUGUCCUCACAGCAAUUUCGCCUCUGCUCAUGGCACUCAUCGACCCCGCGUGGACGUACUGGACAGCUGCAUUCUUCGCGCAGAUUCUCAUGCCCUUCUCAGUAGACGUCCUCUUCACGGUGGGUCUGAUAGUGGUCACUGAAACCUUCUCCGAGGACAAACAGGCGGUGGCCGGGUCAGUGUUCAACGCAGCGUCGCAGUUUGGAAAUGCCAUGGGUUUAGCCGUGAUGCAGGUUAUAUCGACCCUUGUAAGCAAGCAACAUGCAGGAUCGAAGCCAGCUGAGGCUCUUCUUCAGGGCUGCAAGGCAAGUUUCUGGGCCAUGUUUUCAUUCAUGGUUCUUUGUGCUCUCAUUGGAGGUGUCGGGUUGCGCAAAGCCGGCAAAGUCGGUCUGAAGCAGGAGUAA